GUUUUACUUGGUUUUCCCCAGCAACCUGGCGCUUUCCCUCCGCCAUGCUUCGGGUUCGCCUGCAACGCUACCUUGUUUCGACAAAGAGAAGUUAUGUUUUGCCCCCUUUAGGCCCCGUACGUGGCAGCCAAUUCUAUUCGAAGCUGGCCGAACACGACGCCAUCAAGCGAGGAGCCCUACUAUUGCUGGCGAGGAGCUUCCGUUUUGGGCAACUCAUCUGAUUGUGGAGGUCAAGAGACUGAAUGACAAUCCCGUGCAGCUGGCGAUUCCAGGCUUUCCAUCUGACCGCCUCAUAUGUGACUUACCAUUCAUCUUGAAUUACACCCCAGAUCGUCCUCAACUCUCGUCUUUAUAAACAUCCUUGUCAACUAACGAGCAGUGUCCCCCGUUUCUAACUGACAAGACUUUGAAUUUACCGACCUGGACAUGUCGGAACUAUAUUGCCCCCUUCCUCCCAGGGAUCAGGACAUCUUCCGCUUCCGAAGUCAAUAUGGUGCGAGCUUGGGUUCGGUCUUUGUUCUUGGCCCCCGCCUGAACAAUCACACCCCGCGGGAAGAUCCAGAUGGGUCAAGUGAGUUACAGUCACUCAAAAAGUCGAUAGCGUCCAACGGACUCGAUGAAACAAGACGAGCUUGGGAGACCCACUGGCUCUCGGCUCUAUCCCACGAUGACCUCAGGUGGCUCAAAGAUGUAGCACAAUGCAGAACUCUUCGCAUACCACUAAGUUUCUACUCCCUUGGGCCUCUGUUCUGCCUGGGGACACCCUUCGAAGGGGAACCGUCAAAGGUGUAUCACAGUUGUUGGAAUAUCGUGAAGCAUCUAAUCGAAAAAUGUCGAUUUCACGGUAUCGGCGUUCUCAUAGACUUUCACACUAGCUCCAGUGGUAUAAAUCUCUGUGCCUCGGAAAAAGAUCGAGCAGUGGCUAGGGACUGUGUCGCUUUCUUGGCUCAAGAGGUAACAUUCCAUGGAAUGUCGGGGGUGGUUGGACUUUCCAUAUCCUCGGGAUGUGAAAAUGCCUCAGACAUGUGUGAAUGCUAUGGCGAGGUUCUAAAGAUAGGCAGGGCCAUUGACCCAUGCUUGCCUAUAUACAUCGAUGACGGCCAAGAACAAAGCAAGAAACAAGUUUUCGCAGGCUGCAAAAGCGAUAUUCCUCAGUUCAAGACAGACUUCUUGAACGGCACAGUCCAGGUUCCUAGCUGCCUGACGAUGCCCCAAGCAGAGGUUCGAGAGAAGACCCAACAAGCCAAAGCCAAUCAGUCGCAAUUUCUUGAAAAGGCCCUGUCACAAAUUUCCAGCUCCUGGAGCUCGCACAAACGCCAAAGCUUCGCCCACGGCUGGGACUUGGGAUACAACGAUGCAUUACAAUUCUUUGGCGCUGCCGUCCAAGGUGUCCUGCCUCCCCGAGAUGGCGCAGACAAGAUCAGUGCUUUAGAGUUAUGGAUUCGGCAGCGCAAAAGAGACAUAGACCCGGAGCAACUCGACGAGGAUCCUACGGCGUGGGAGGAGGGUCUUCGGAAAGGAAUUGACGACCUCAGUGAUUUUGUGGGGAUAUGAAACAGCAAUUUGAAACUUCGUCAGUCAGUAAUGUUAUGGUAUUUAAUUAAUUAAUAGGACGGCAAAGCGCUAGCAGUUUUUAGUAGAAGUUUGAC